GUUAAAAUAAGAUAACGAAAAUUUACGUACUGUACUUUACUUUAGACGACUUGUUUAAACAAAUUUUUCCUUUCACAUUAAUUUUGAAAUGUUGUAUUCUUGUAACUUUUGGCUUAUUUGCAGCAUCGGUUUAUUUUAUCGAUAGAACUAUAGAAGUACAUUCAUAUGCUCGUAUUUUGCCUGCAUUAAGCCAUUAACUUCUAUUGGUGUUAAGUUACGUUACAAAAAAAGGUAACACGUUUGAUAGUACUUACGUAUUACUGAAUAGCACUACGAUUCUUUGGAUGCUGGAAUCCGUGAGAUCUGCACCAACCAAAACGCCUGUUUGAUUGAAAAUGACGGCUUCUUUAGCUGGUUCAGGGACUCCACGUAAUUCUUAUGAUUUCAAACUUGUUCUUUUGGGAGAAGGGUGUGUAGGAAAGACCUCGCUGGUACUUCGAUAUGUGGAAAACAGAUUCAACGAGAAGCACGAGUCAACAUUACAGGCAUCCUUUUUGAACAAGAAGCUGAAUAUUGGUGGAAAAAGGAUUAACCUGGCUAUUUGGGACACGGCUGGCCAGGAAAGGUUCCAUGCAUUGGGACCAAUUUAUUAUCGUGAUAGUCAAGGUGCACUACUCGUUUACGACAUUACCGACGAAGAUUCAUUUCAGAAGGUCAGAAACUGGGUGAAAGAAUUAAGGAAAAUGCUUGGAAAUGAUGCCGUUCUGGCCAUUGUCGGAAACAAAAUUGACUUAGAGAAGCAAAGGCAUGUCCCGGUUGAAACCGCAGAAGAAUAUGCGGCUUCUGUUGGAGCCAAGCAUUUCCACACAUCUGCCAAACAAAAUAAAGGGAUAGAGGAGCUUUUCUUGGAUCUAUCCAAACGUAUGUUGGACCAGGCGGAAAAAUCUGAUGCUCUCAAACGUGGAUCAUCUGCGAAUGGCACUCGCGGAGUACCUGGAAAUGUUGUUUUGCUCGAUGAAUCGGGACCACAACCCCAGAAAUCAGGGUGUUGUUAGCGCUCCUCGGUGAUAUUUGCUUUAACAGAUUUUGUAUCCGCGUGUUUCUUGAUAAUUAUUUGCAACGCCUCUGUUAGUCGCUUUUUGUUUUUUCUUUUAUCGCGUGUUGGGCGCUCCGUGCUGACGAAGCUCCUGAUGCCUUUGAUUCCGUUCAUUUUUUUGUAGAAUGUCGUAAGGUUUCCAGUUUCCACUGUAUGUGAAAUCCAUAUUUUCGGAUCGAGUCGUCAUUAUAGAAUUCAUAGGUAGUACUAUAUGCCGUUCUGUGGUGCGCGCAAACAUCCUUAUCAUUCUGUAUUUGGUGGCGAGCUGAGAAAGACAAUAAAAUAGUACAUACUGA